AGCAACCGCUGUUUACUAGCCGUUGACAAGCAACUAUACUUGCGUUGUCACAUUUGCUUUAAUGUACGCAGUUCCCACAGACUUAUCAGUUCUGUUAUCUGUAGGGUCCAUUCCAGUUAUUUUACAGACACUACAAACCACGAGCCAAAUAACGCAUUCACCACAUUAUUGAAUUUCCAUUCCUUUCGUGGUCCAACUAGUACCUCCAUAACCCUCCAUACAUUACGUAUCGAAAUAUACGAGCCUAAUCAUCGACUUCACUUUAUACAAAAUUUCUGCAAUAUUGCGUUUCUUUUCGGAAAUGUAAUCAUAGAGAUCAAUUAACUGGAACGUGUUUCAGACGUAGGGUUCAAAGUAUCAGCUGUUUUAAUCAUUACUCGGAAGAUCUCUGCUGUGCUUUUUAGGGGCAUAGUAAACAACCUUAAUGUUAAAAGGUUGUAAAAAUUCGCAUUUUAUUUACGUGGUAAAUGUUACAAGAUUAUAAUGUUGUAAGAGCUAGGUUUUUGUUAGGGUGGAGAAUUGAGUUCUCCUUGGGACGUACUGGAACAAAUCAGCUGUUAUGUGUUGGUAGUCCAUUGGUGAUGAGAAUAUGUGCGUAUAUUUUCGAAGAAAAGAAGCUAGUGUCAGUUUUUACGUAAUAUAGGCUCAAAAUCGAAUUCACAUCAUUAAGAUGUAGUUUGUUUGAAUUCCAAUAUUUAUUAACAAUUAACAACUGUCAAAUGGGUAACAACGGAUCAAAAUUUGUGAAAAAAAUUGUAUCUCCAUUUAGUAAUACAAUCGAUAGCACGGGUACAGAUCAUCCUCGGAGCAUUGUGAAAUCAAACAGCCCGGUCUUGGUAAUUUCAAGAAAGGGCUCAAUGUUCUUUGAUGAAGAUGGGGACCUAGCUCAUGAGUUUUAUAUUGAAGUACCACCAUUAAGGAAAGGAUGCAAAGCCACAAUGAAAAAAGUUCUCCAUAAUCUGAUUCCACAGGUGUUGGCUGUUUAUAGCUCUUAAAAUGGCUGAGAAAAGAAAAAGUGAUAGAGUUAUCAGAUCCUAACAGAAGAAGAGAGCAGUUAAUUUGACAUUAUAGUGGCUGUAGUAAAUAGCCUGAAAGAGAUGAAACUCUGCUCUGCAUUGGUAGUGCUUUUGGCCUUAAUGACUAUUGGAACAGUUAUUUAGGAAUUUUUGGAACAAGUAGAUGCUUCUACACCAAUGCAGUAAGCAGAAAGUGAUAAAGAUAGAAAUGCUGUUGAGAAAAUUGAAAUUUUUGUAAUGUGGGUGAGGAUCGAAAUCAAAUGCACUUUCCUCAAAGUCUAAGCCUUGUUUAAAAGGGAUAUAUGAGCCUGUAUGAUUGUUCAAAACCAACUGGUUUUGGAGAUGAUGCCAAGGCUUUCUAAGCAGGUUGUGGGUUGUUUAUACAGUUUAGAUAUAAAUCUGACCUUCAUAACAGAAAUCUGAAAGGUGAAGCAGCUAGAGCUGAUGAAAAAGCAGCAGCAUAUUAUAUUGUAACAGUUGACAGAAUUGUGAAUGAAGGGGUAUACACUACUUAUCUUACUUUCAACAUUGAUUUAUGGAUAAAAAUGCCUGAAAGAACCUACAUUUCCAAAUGUGAAAGAUGCAUGCAUGACCUUACACAGCUGUUAUGGACCACGUGUCCCUUUUACUGGGUGUUAAUGCAGCAUUGCAUUUCAACUCACACCACUGCUUGUUUCUUAUUUGAGAACCUUGGUGUAUCCAAAAAUAUAAAUAAAGGAUCUUAACAGUGAGUUUGUUAUAAAAUAAAAAUGCUUGAUUGAGCAUUUUUGAGAGACUGGUUCUUCAGUCACUUGUGCCUUGAUGUGAAGCUUAAUUAUGGAAAGAAAGGGAUUCCUUGUAUAAUUUUGCUAUUGCUUGGUAGUGCUCCUGUACAUCCACAUCCACAACAUUUAAAUGAUUUUUAUCCUGCUGUUAAAACUGUGUAUCUUCCUCCAAACACAACUUGUUUACCAUAACCCAUGGAUCAGAGUGUCAUUUGCUCAUUUAAAGUCCUCUACACUUCUAGGACCAUCUGUCAACAGGUGAAGUCCACAGAAGACGAUAUGGUCAAAGUCCUCAAGUUCACUUACAAUUUAAUCCUAGAUACUGGAUGUAGGUGCCAUAAAGUGAAGAGUUUAACAUUGAAUUCUGCGUGGAAAUAGUGCAUGCACCUUUUGUCAUUGAUAUAGGAAAGCAGUUGAGUCUA